CUCAUUUUCCGCUGGACGCCAUCUUCUCAGCUCAGAUUUAACGGUGCUGUGUUAAUGUGGCCAUGCAGAUUGUGUGACAGUUUAAUAUCUUCAAGCCAAGCUGGAAUCCCCGAGGUUGCCAUCAACUCUCUGAAAAACAAGCGAAGUGGCCAGCAGAGUCCAGCAGCCAACAUCAAGAAGGCCAGGAAGGGAGAUGUAAAUUUCUGUCCAAACAUCCCUAGUGGUGAAACAAAAGACAGUUUGGAGAUGGAAAGGGUGGCUCUACUGACAGAGGUAAAAAAGAAGAAAAGGGAUGAGAACCUCAUCAAGGCCAAGAUGCAGCGUACAUUCUCCCUCAGGAGACAGGAGGUUCUCCAGGAGCCAAAGAUUCCUGAGUUUUUCAAUAAAUGGCCAGCACUCUUUGACGUCACCGAGAUCAACUUGGAGUUUAUGCGGCUGACAACUAUACCACUGACCUCAAAAUUUUUGGGGGAACUUGACCGGCUGACCAACGACCUGAUCAGGGUUUUCAACACUAAAGGGGGAGUUGCAGGGAAAAAAAUCGGAGCCAUGAUGGCAAAGAUGGAGAAUAAUCAAGACAUCAACGUGAGGCGUGAUUGCAUUUUGAGAUGUCUCAGCAUCUACCUCUGUGAAGACCUGGACACAUUGGUCAAAGAAUACGUGGAAGUAAAGUCAAAUGGUCCGGAGGGGCCUGAGGUGACGGAAAGAAUCCUGGCACCUAAGCGUCUCCAAUCUGCCAGCAACAAUUCUGCCCCAAACAAGAAGGAUGAAUGUUGUGGACUCUCAGCUUAUGAGCUUACGAACAUCAGAGAGAAGGAAGCCUUCUUAUCGUCCUUGGUGUUAGUGCAAGCAGCUGAGGAUCUGAGACAGACCAUGAAGUCAAAGCCGGUUGUGAAGAGGUCAAAGGCUUCGUUGGAUAAAGUGCAGUCUCUUCUGUCUUCUCGGAAAUCCUUGCGACUUAAAGAAGCACAAAACGUUAGCCUCAGAGGAGGACUAACCUAUGAACAUGACAUCGAAUGCAGUGAGGCAGAGGCAGAUGUCGCAGGGACAACCAUGGCAAUCUACACCGUUCAAGCUGAGGGUGAUGAUCAUGAUGGUCCUGGUGGACUCUUUGCAGAUGUCGGUGUGGUCCUGGAAGGGGUUGAAGUUCUCCACAACCUCCAAAGUAUCAACCAUGCAUGUGUAAUGCUUUAUGGGUUGAUCUAUGCUCUUAAUCUGAGCUAUCCAAGAAGCUUGAAGAAUACAGUCGAAGCUGACCAGAAGAUCCUGAUGGACCUGGUAUCGUCUAAACUUUCCCCCAAAGUACGAGCACUGAAACUCAAAUUGCUCAGGUGACAAUUUUUUUGGGGUUGGGCGGUGAUGGGAGGAGGAAGUACAGGAAGAGACCGCCCAUACAUGCCGAUAACCAAGUGUUUAUAGUGUUCCUGUACAUUCGCAGCCUUGAAGAUUCACACAUCGAACACACAGAAAGCUAGAAACAGAAGGUGCUCAGUUAACUAUGUUCUACUACUUAAAAAAAGUGUUUAAUGUUGUUGAGCCUGUAGAGUUUGUUCUAGAUCCAAAAAAUUGCAGGUCCUUUCAAUAUAUCCCAUUACUGCGAUCGUUGCAGCAGGUACUUGAUUCUGCUGAAGUGUUGAAUAGAGUUAUUAAUACCCACAGAACACAGAACAGUCACACUGACCAAGAAAUGGUGUGUACUUAAAGGAAAACCUGUUCCUCUCAAGUGAUGAGUUUUUGAUGUGUGAAUCGUAUGUGUGAUAAUGUAUUGAAUGUUCUUGAGCCUGUAGUUUGUUUUAGAUAAAAAAGAGCAGGUCCUUUACUGCCAUUGUUGGAGCAGAUAAUUUGCCUUUGUUCUAAUGAUAUUAGAAAACAUUUUUCAUGUUCCAAGUAUGACUUGGUUGAAGAGCUACACUACCUGCUGAGUACAAUGUCUGUGUGAAGAGAAGCUUUAAUGUUAAUAAAUGAGGUGGUCUGAUUGUAUGCA